UUGACGGCCGAGGGCAACCGAGAAGAAGGAGGAAGCUGCGGUGGCGGCUGCGGCGGCGGCCGGGUUGGUCGCCGCGGUCGGGGCCCGGGAGUGAGGCGCGGGCGACCGGGCCGGUGGGCUGGGCGGCGGGCCCGGCGGCCGCUCCCGCGCCCUUGCCCGCGCCUGGCGGCCCGAUGUGGUUGCAGCAGCGGCUUAAGGGGCUGCCGGGACUGCUGUCGAGCAGCUGGGCCCGCCGCCUCCUCUGCCUUCUCGGCCUCCUGCUGCUGCUUCUGUGGUUUGGGGGCUCCGGGGCGCGGCGAGCUGCGGGCGGCCUGCACCUAUUGCCCUGGACCCGCGGCAAGCCGGGCGCCGCCGAGCCUUCUGCCUGCCUGGAGGCGGCCACCCGCGCCUGGCGCGGCCUGCGGGAGCGCGGCGAGGCUGUACCGCUGGGCCCUGGAGUGCCGGCCCUGGUGGCAAACGGCUUCCUGGCCCUGGACGUGGCCGCCAACCGGCUGUGGGUGACUCCUGGAGAGCGGGAGCCAGCCAUCGCGCCGGACUUCGUGCCCUUGGUGCAGCUACGCCCGCUGAGCGUGCUGGCUGAAGCUAGGGAGGCGGUUCUGCUGCUGCGGGAGGGUCUGCUCCGCAGGGUGCGUUGCCUGCAGCUUGGGAACCCGGGUUUUGGCCCUGGGGCUGCUGUCCCUGGGCCAGCCUCGGCCUCUGGCCUUGCUUCGGGGUCCGGCCGCGACUGCGUGCUGCUACAAGAGGAUUUUCUGGCGCACCGGGGCCGACCCCACGUCUAUCUGCAGCGCAUUCAACUUAACAACCCCACGGAGCGGGUGGCGGCGUUGCAGACUGUGGGGCCCACUGCUAGCCCAGUCCCCAAGGCCUUCACCAGCACCCUGGAGAAGGUCGGAGAUCAUCAGUUCCUCCUUUACUCUGGCCGGUCCCCGCCUACUCCCACAGGGCUGGUGCACCUGGUGGUGGUGGCUGCCAAGAAGCUAGUGAACCGGCUCCAAGUGGCACCCAAGACACAGGUGGACGAGACAGUACUGUGGGUGGUGCAUAUCUCAGACGCCCUUAACUCCCAGGUGCUCAAAAGCAAAGCAGCCAAGGAGUUCAAGGUGCUCCAGGACUUGGCACGGAAGGAAAUGCUGGAGCUCUUGGAGAUGCCAGCAACAGAUCUGCUUCAGGACCACCAGCGCCUCUGGGCUCAGCUCUUCAGCCCAGGGGUGGAGAUGAAGAAGAUCACUGAUGCCCACACGCCAUCUGGCCUGACUGUGAACCUGACGCUGUACUAUAUGCUCUCCUGCUCGCCAACGCCGCUGCUCAGCCCCUCCCUGAGCCACAGGGAGCGAGACCAGAUGGAGUCGACCCUCAACUAUGAAGAUCACUGUUUCAGUGGCCAUGCCACCAUGCACGCCGAGAACCUCUGGCCAGGGCGGCUGUCCUCUGUCCAGCAGAUCCUGCAGCUCUCUGACCUAUGGAAGCUGACCCUCCAGAAGCGCGGCUGCAAGGGGCUGGUGAAAGUGGGUGCCCCAGGCAUCCUGCAGGGCAUGGUGCUCAGCUUCGGGGGGCUGCAGUUCACAGAGAACCACCUCCAGUUCCAGGCUGACCCCGACGUGCUGCACAACAGCUAUGCCUUGCACGGCAUUCGCUACAAGACCGACCACAUCAACCUGGCCGUGCUGGCAGAUGCCGAGGGCAAGCCCUACCUGCAUGUGUCAGUGGAGUCCCGCGGUCAGCCCGUCAAGAUCUACGCCUGCGAGGCAGGCUGCCUGCAAGACCCUGUGGAACUGACCUCAGCACCUGGGGGCCACACCUUCUCGGUCAUGGUGACGCAGCCCAUCACGCCGCUGCUCUACAUCUCCACCGACCUCACGCACCUCCAGGACCUGCGGCACACGCUGCACCUCAAGGCCAUCUUGGCCCACGACGAGCACAUGGCCCAGCAGGACCCCGGGCUGCCCUUCGUCUUCUGGUUCAGCGUGGCCUCACUCAUCACCCUUUUCCACCUCUUCCUCUUCAAGCUCAUCUACAAUGAAUACUGUGGGCCUGGAGCCAAGCCCCUCUUCAGGAGUAAGUUGACAGUGGAGAGGUACGUGAGGCUCUGCUUCUGUGCUCCGUGUAGUCAAAGAGCCCAGAUCCUGCUUAAGAGAAACAUCCCGUCAUAUCCACAGAGAUGCCUGUGGCUUCUGGUUUCUGGCCUGAGCCCAGGACUUCGAAAAGGAAGCAGAGCUUGACGAAAGGGGCAGGAGAAAGGUGGGAGGCAGGUCUGAGCUCCUCAGGCUUGAAGAACACAUUGAAAGUAGGAUCUGAAAGAAACGCACAGAGGCCUUCGCUAGUGGGCAUCCCUUGACUGACUGUGCUAGAACAGGUGUGAAAUUUGCAUUGUGUGGGUUUGCUUUCCCUGAGUGCGGGUUGGUGGCUUCUCCGCCCUCAUGCCUGUGUGCCUCUUGGUUCCCCACACAAUUGGGACUUGAACCAAACCACUUUCAUGCAUACUGACCCACAUCCAUCCUCAACUCAAGCUCCGGCUGGGCCAUGCCAGAGCAGAGCCCAGUGAACACUCUGUGUUAGCCGCAGGAGGGCCAUGGGCCGCUGAGUCCGUGGUGAUUCUCACAGACCCUGGGCCAUAGCUCCCUGCAAGGCUGGAUCAGAGCGUAGGUGGGUGCUGCCAGGGGUGUCCCCGGGGCCUGCUUCCCUUGAGGCUUCUGUAGCUGCCCUGGACUUGGCAGUGAGUAACAGUCACUU